AGGUGCUUACAUCACAGGACGUAAAGCGCUGCAAAGCACGCAAGGAAUUGGAUCUGGCCGCCAUUGUGCUGAAAUUCGGAUUGGCUCGGAUGGAUGGAUACGAGAUGGGAUAUGUGGUUUUCGAGUUUGAAGUCCCCAGCUUCCGGGGCAGGAGCAGCCCGAGUCUGGCCGGAUUCCCCGCAUUCUGGAGUAGCCCGGGCCCGCCCGGGGAACCUCGGCCGGAGCACUCCGGAGCCGCAUCGGAGGGUUCCUGGCUGGCUGACUGAUCGCAUCGGAGCACCUCCCAUUGGCUCUUCUGCUACACGAUGCUGAGCUUGCGAUCAUUCUUCGUCCUUUGCAUUCGCAGGUGGACUUCAAUUCUUGAUACCCAGCCAGCAAGAUGCAGCGUUUUUGCGAGAGACUGUCAAGGGCAAACGUAACAUACCCAUCCCUGUGCGGGGCCCGGGGGUCUGCGACAAAUCUCUCUCGUGACCCAACUUUCGGUGUCGAUUAUGGGAAACAAAUCCGAGCCCUCGAAGCGCUGAAGAAGGGAUCAAAGCGCCCCUUGACCUUGGCUGAAAAGACACUCUACAGUCAUGUAUUUGAUACGGAAGGUGAUCGCUGGAGUAUAGAUGGAAUUACGCGGGGAAAAACCAUCCUGGAGUUGCGCCCCGACCGGGUUGCCUGUCACGAUGCGACUGCCACAAUGGCUUUGCUGCAGUUCAUCAGUGGAGGGCUUCCGCGAGUUGCAGUGCCAACGACGGUGCAUGGCGAUCACUUGAUCAUAUCGGAGAAGGGCGCAGAGAAGGACAUGGAGCGAGCGAUCACCGAGCACGCCGAAGUCUACGACUUCCUCAGUAGCGCGUCGCGAAAGUACGGAAUUGGCUUCUGGAAACCCGGAUCGGGAAUUAUCCACACAGUUAUUUUUGAGAACUAUGCAGUACCAGGAGGCUUAAUUAUCGGCACAGACUCCCACACCCCGAAUGCAGGUGGAAUGGGGAUGCUUGGAAUCGGCGUCGGGGGAGCGGAUGCGGUGGAUGCCAUGUCAGGGAUGCCCUGGGAGUUGGUUACGCCGUAUGUGGGAUGGGCAUCGACCAAAGAUAUCAUUUGUAAACUGGCCGGAAUCCUCGGGGUGUCUGGUGGCAAGAGUCGAGUCAUUGAAUUCUUCGGACCAGGCACGAAGACGUUGGGUGCGACAGCCAUGGCCACCAUCUGCAACAUGUCCGCGGAGAUCGGAUCGACCUCGUGUAUUUUCCCCUACUCGGAGGCGAUUGCCCGCUAUCUGACUGCCACCGCGCGCGGUCAUGUCGUUGAAGCUGCUACUCCCGUCAAGGACAUUCUCCUGACCGCGGACGAGGGAUCGGAAGAGUACUAUGACCAGGUGAUUGAGAUCGACCUAAGCACUCUAGAACCGCAUGUCAACGGCCCAUUCACUCCGGAUCUCGCUCAUACUAUCUCACAAUUGUCCGGAGCGGUAGCUCAGAGCGACUGGCCAGUGGAUCUUAGCCAUGCCAUGGUGGGCAGCUGUACCAACAGCUCGUAUGAGGACUUGGACAAGGCCCGGCAGUUGGUGAAUCAAGCCCGUGCGGCUGGACUGACCAAGUUCAAGACUCCUUUCCUGGUCUCGCCGGGUAGUGAGACCAUCCGGGCCACGGCCGAAGCCGAUGGUAUUCUGCAGGACCUCGAGGAUGCCGGGGCCAUGGUGCUCAGCAGCUCGUGCGGACCGUGCGUCGGGUCCUGGGAUCGCAAGGACGUUGAUGUCCGCGGCAAAGAAAAGAAUUCGGUCAUUUCCAGCUACAACCGAAACUUCGUCGGGCGCCAUGACAGCAACCCGGCUACUCAUUCCUUUGUCACCUCUCCCGAGCUGGUCACGGCCUUUGCCUAUGCGGGCCGCCUCGACUUUAACCCUCUCACCGACAGUAUCCCGGUUGAGGGGGGUUCGCCGCUCCGAUUUAGCGCUCCUGUGAGCCAGGAGCUACCCACCACAUUUGAUCGGGGGGUAGAUUGUUUCCAAGAACCGCCGCUGGACGGCUCCUCCCUGUCAGUGACCAUCGAUAAGCGGUCCGAGCGGCUCCAGCUGUUGGAACCAUUUCCAGCGUGGAAGUCUGGAAAUGCGACCGACAUGGAGUUACUGAUCAAGGUGAAGGGAAAAUGUACCACCGAUCAUAUCUCACCGGCCGGUCCGUGGUACAAAUACCGCGGGCAUCUGGAAAAUAUCAGCAACAACAUGUUCACCACCGCAACCAACGCUUUCCUGGGUGAUAGCCCGCAGAUGCUGGGUCACACGAAGCACCCGCUCACAUCGGAAGUCACUCUUGCCCAUGAAGUGGCCCGCGACCUGAAACGGCGAGCGGUCCGGUGGUGCGUGGUGGGCGACAACAACUACGGCGAGGGCAGCUCACGAGAGCACGCUGCGCUGGAGCCUCGAUACCUUGGUGGUACUGCCAUCAUCGCCCGGUCAUUUGCUCGGAUUCAUGAGACCAAUCUGAAGAAGCAGGGAAUGCUCCCCCUUACGUUCCGCGACCCAGCGGACUAUGACCGAGUGCAAGAGGGAGAUCGGAUCACGUUAAUUGGCGUAGAGGAUGGCGAGUUGCAGCCAGGUAGUGAAGUCACCAUGCGGGUUACUCCGCGCGAUGGAGAGGUCUGGGAAGCUCCAUUGAGCCACAGCUACCAUGCCGGGCAGCUCCCUUGGCUGCGAGCGGGUAGUGCUUUGAACCAUAUCAAAACGGUACGUAGUUGA